AUGCCCCCCCCACUCAUUCCCACUAUCAAACCGUCUUCACGUCCCCCAUUUCUUCGUCUCCUUCCUCUUUAUAUAUACAUACACCCUCUGCUAACCCUAAUCCAGAAUCCAGAUCACCCAUCACCCAAUCACCCAUCACAGAUUCCUUCUGCCAUGUCGUUAAAGGACUUGCCACCAUCGCCCCCGCCACGCAUCGUCGUUCGUUCCGUCUUUGCGUACAAUCUACAAUCAGAAUUCCAUUUGAUCACAUCAAUAAUCGAUGAUUACCCUUUUGUUUCAAUGGACACGGAGUUUCCCGGCGUUGUCGUUCGCCCUAACGCGGGUUAUGAUUACUUUCGCAACCAGAGCCCUUCCGAUCACUAUCUCCUCCUCAAAUCGAAUGUCGAUGCUCUGAAACUCAUCCAGGUUGGCCUUACCCUCACCGACGCUGAAGGAAAUCUCCCGGAUCUCGAUGAGAGUAACAACAACACUCGUUACAUUUGGGAAUUUAAUUUCAACGACUUCGAUCCGUCACGCGACCAGCACGCUUCUGACUCGAUCGAACUUUUGAAGCGACAAGGGAUUGAUUUUGAGAAGAAUCGUGAAUUUGGGAUUGACUCGGUGAAAUUUUCGGAGUUGAUGAUGUCUUCAGGGCUUGUCUGUAACGAGCGUGUGAGCUGGGUUACGUUUCACAGCGCUUAUGAUUUUGGCUACUUGGUUAAGCUCCUCGCUGGGCGGGUUUUGCCCGAUGAGUUGUCUAGGUUUCUCGAUCUUCUGAAAACUUUCUUUGGGGCUAACGUUUACGAUGUUAAGCAUCUGAUGAGGUACUGUGAGAGUCUGUAUGGUGGGUUGGAUCGGGUGGCUAAGACUUUGGAGGUCGAUCGGGCUGUUGGGAAGUGUCACCAGGCAGGUUCCGAUAGCUUGCUGACUUGGCACGCGUUUCAGAAGAUUAAGGUUCUUUGCAGCGGUGGACCUGAGAAGUACGCCGGCGUUCUCUAUGGAUUAGAAGUUUUCUGA